AUGACAAAGCAGAACUGGUCAAGGACCAAGAUUUCUCUACAACAAAUUGUAGAGAUUCAUGAUCAUGGAGAAGCUCCAGUCUCUGAAGUCCUCCCUGCUGCUGAGGAGGGCGUCCUCCAACCUCAGGACGUCCACACUCCAGCUAGCUCCUCUGAAGAUGAUGAAGCGGAGGAGCCGGAGAACAACCACAUUUUCUGGCGAUAUGAAUUUGGCUCCAAGCUGGGUGAAGGAAGCAACAGCCACGUACAUGCAGGGACUCGCUGCAAGGAUGGCCUUAAGGUGGCUGUGAAAAUUGCUGAAAAGACUCCAAAUAUGCCAUAUAUAAGAGUUCCUGGUCAUCCCAAACACCUUCCCAUGGAGAUCGGCCUGACACUCAUGGCUAAUAAGGGCCCCCGUGUUCCACAGAUAAUUAAGCUGCUGGACUGGCAGGAUGACCCGGACCACUAUGUCAUGGUCUUUGAGCGGCCCGUGCCAAGCAUGAGCAUGUUUAGUUUUGUGAAGCUCCAACGAAGGCUCAAUGAAGAGAUGGCACGAAAUGUUAUGUCUCAGGUCAUUCAUGCCUCUAAGAUUUGCUGCGAGCGUGGAGUCUUCCAUCGAGAUAUAAAACUGGAGAACCUCAUAGUGAACCCCGACACGUUGGAGGUCAAGUUGAUCGACUUCGGGUGCGGCACGCUCAUGAAGGAUCUGCCUACGUGGCCUUCAAUGGUAUGUUUGCUAGCAGCGUGUUUAGCUCACUGA